UGCACCCAGUCUCUCCUGUCAGCUUGUCAGAGCAUUCUGAGUCAGCAGAGUCCUUGAAGGGAGUGGGGCGGGAGAAGGAGGGUUAGCUCCAUGGAGAGAAUGGUGUGAGCUAAGCACAGGACUGAGAGCCUGAAUUUGAAUCAUGAGUUUUAAUUAUUUUAAGCAAGUCACUUUGUACCUCAGCUUCACUAUCUGUAAAAUGGGAGUAAUUAUGAUCUUCUGUGGUAGGGAGUUCUGUGGCUAGGGACCCUCCCCCUGGAUGGACACAGACACACACAGAACCUGUCCCUUGCCCCAACACAUCAGACCCUGGGCUCUGUCAGCCACAGCUUCCUAGAAUGAUAUGGUAGAGAGCACAGUGACAGGCAUUCUGACUUAACCAAGCCAUAGACCAUUGUGGGCUUUAAAGAUGUGGAACUUAACUUUGAAAUUAGAUCUGGGAAUGGACUGGUAGCAAGUUUACAAUAUCUGUGUGAUGGGUCUACCCAACCUACUUCAGCCACCACUGAGAAACAGCCACCCCUGGGGAGGAACACAACAUUUACUUAACAGGACACAGCCACAUUGCAGAACAAUUUAGGGUGAGAAGUGGGGAAGAGCACUAUUGCCAUAUGAAACUGCACAGGGAAUUCAGGGAGGAGGAAUGUAAUCAUUAAUUAUCAAAAGUUGAAUUUUAUCACAGCACCACAUUGAUAUGACACCAUUGAGAAGGCAAUUAGAUAACUUAAGCAGGGAAUCAGACUUUUGAAAUAAUCUUCCACCUCCCUUAUCAGCAUAUUUGCUUUUUUUUUUUGAACUACCAAAAAAUUCAUCAGAAGGAGGAAGCCUGCCAAACAGUCUUGGGGCCACUCGAUGAUCAAGGUGCUAAAGGAGCACUCAAGGAAGACAAGCCUGUGACAAGGAGCUGUAGAUGUAACCCAAAUAGAUAUCUGGCACAACCUCAAAAUGAAUAAUGGCUCAAGGGACUGGAAUGUGAGAUGGAGCCUGUAAACCACCAGUUCAAAUUUCACAAAGGUUGCUAUGGACUCAAAGUCAUUUCCACUUGAUGGUUGUUCAGUGGCCUAUGUAAAACACGGUGUGGGGGUGUCACACUGUCUGGAGUGGCUCACAGCUGUGAGUGGUUCCGUGAGGGCAGACAUCCCAAACUGGUGAUCUCGUAUUGAAUAUCAUGGCGUAAAUUGAACGUGGCACACAAGCAUGUUGACGUUUACCCCUUUUGGGCAUGUUUCAGUUAGUGACGUCGUACCCCUUCCGCUCGAGGCUGUGCCAACUGCAGCGAUCUGUGGCUAAAAGAAGGAACUUUGAAAUGAAAAGCAAGUUCUUCUGGUACUCCAACUGUGGCCGAAAUAAACGAGCAAAAUAUUGUGACACUUCAAAGUGAGGAUGAACAAUCACAGUCUUUUGUUGCCGAAAAAUCUGUUAGUACUAGUGAGUUAUCCAAGGUGAAAGAAUUUCCACCGAAGUAUAUCAAAAAACAAGAAGAAGAAGGUGUUAAAAGACCGAAACGAAAGUAUGAUGAAAAUUAUUUGUCUUUCGGUUUUACUUGUGUUGGAAAUAAAGAUGUUCCUCAUGCGCAGUGCGUUCGUUGUGUGCAACAAAAUACUAGCAAACAGUUCAUUGGCUCCUGCUAAACUUCGUAGGCAUUUGGAAACCAAGCAUGCUGAAUACAAAGACAAAGAUAUAAGUUUUUUCGAGAGGCAGCGUGACUCACUUGGAAAUUGUAAACUUUCAAUGAUUAAAAUUGCUAAAACAGACAACGAAGGUGCAACAGAGGCAUCUUAUCGAGUAAGUUACCAUAUAGCGCUUGCCGGAGAAGCUCACACUAUUGGAGAAACGCUUAUCAAGCCUUGCGCGAAAGAUAUUGUAAUGUGCAUAUUGAGCGAGCAGUCUGGUAAAAAAAUUGAUGCCGUACAGUUGUUAUAUAAUAAUACUGUGGCACACCGUAUUAAAGAUCUGGCUGAUAACAUAGAAAAAGAGCUAGUUUGCCGACUGAAAAUUUGCCAUGAGUAUUCAUUGGAGCUAGAUGAGUCCACUGACAUUUCAGGACUUGCUGUGCUAUUAGUAUUUGUCCGAUAUAGAUUUAAUAAUAUUAUUGAAGAGGACCUGCUCUUAUGUGAAUCUCUGCAAAGCAACAUGACUGGAGAAGAAAUAUUCAACUGCAUCAACAAUUUUAUCAGAAAGCAUGAAAUUAGUUGGGGAAAAUGUAUUGAUGUAUGUACUGACAGUGCUCGGGCAAUAAUCGGGAAGAUGAAGGGAGCUGUAAUGCGAAUCAUAAGUGUGGCACCAGAAAGCACUGAGAGCCAUUGUGUUCUACACAGACAAGCACUUGCAGUUAAAAAAAUACCAGCAUAUCUGAAAAUUGUGCUCGAUGAAGCAGUACAAAGUAUCAAUUUUGUCAAAUCUCAACCACUUCAAUCCAGGUUAUUUAAAAUUUUGUGCGAGGAAAUGGGUAGUCAGCACAAAAUGCUUCUUUUACAUACGGAAGUGAGGUGGCUAUCCAGAGGAAAAGUGCUUGUGAGGCUUUUUGAGCUUCGUAGUGAACUACUGGUAUUCUUCACUUCAGAUAAUUCAGGAUGAAAAUUUAAUGACUGUCUGACAAAUUCCUCGUGGCUAAUGAGACUUGCGCAUCUUGCAGAUAUUUUUGCAAAAUUAAAUGAAAUUAAUCUGUUGCUGCAAGGAAGGAAUAUGACCAUUUUUACUACAAUGGAUAAAAUUUUGUCGUUAAAAAAGAAACUGGAAUUCUGGGCAUCUUCUGUUGAACAGAAUAACUUCGACUGCUUCCCUACAGUACAUGAAUUUUUGACUGAAAUAAAUUCUACAGUCCAUGAAGAAUUUUCCAGCACCAUUUUCCAGCACUUACAUGACUUGCAGGCCUCUUUAUUAGAAUAUUUUCAUACAACUACUAAUGAUAAUGCUUGGGUUCAAAAUCCGUUUGUAAUUACAGCCAAACCAGUCGGCUUUACUGCGCACGAUUAUGAAAGGCUAAUUGAUUUAAAUUCUGACUCUGAUUUGAAACAAAAGUUUAAGGAUCUUCCGCUGAAUAAUUUUUGGAGCAGCCUAAUAGAAGAGUACCCUAAUGUGGCUAAACGUGCAGUUUGAGUGCUCCUUCCUUUUGCUACAACUUAUUUGUUUAAAAUGGGAUUUUCAUAUUAUACUGCAACAAAAACCAAAUAUAGGAAUAGACUUGAUGCUGCACCUGACAUGGGGAUUCAACUUUCCAGCAUUAUUCCUAAUAUUAAGCAAAUUUGUGAUAGAAAAA